AGGAAGAGGGACAUGCAGCUCUUCGAACCCGAGCCCGAGUACAUCGACGAGCGCCGCUGGGAGCGCAUCGAGACGCUCGGCGAAGGCUACAGCCCGCGGACAGGCCAUACCGUCGUCUCCUACGGCGCGACGUUGUACGUCUUUGGUGGCACGGACCGGCGGCGGAGGCAGCAAGACCUCUUCCAGUUCGACAUUGAGUCGUGCAUGUGGUCGCAAGUGGAUGUAAACGGGACGCUGCCGCCUCGGCGGUCGGGCGCGCUUGGCGUCGUCCAUGAGAACAACAUGUACAUCUUUGGCGGCUACGACGGGCGCGACGGCAACUACUUUAACGACCUCUUCUUCUUCAACUUUGAGACGCGCAAGUGGAGCGAGAUGCCCAACCUCUCGAUCGUCAAGCCCGAGUCGCGCACGGACCACAUCAUGGUGCUGCACGCGUCGAAUAUUUAUAUCUUCGGCGGCUACAAUGGGUCGAGCCGCUUCAACAACAUGUACCGCUACGAGCUCCUCGAGAAGCGCUGGCGCAAGAUGGACGCGACGGGGCAAAUUCCGUCCGGUCGGUUCGGUCACUCGGGCGCGGUGCACGAGGCGUCAAAGCGGCUCGUCAUCUUUGGCGGCUGGGACGGCCGCGAUACGCUGGACGAUCUGUACGAGUACCAUCUCGAGACAGGCGUCUGGGCUGUCAUGAAGACAACGGGCAAGAGCCCGCCGCACCGGUACCGCCACACGGCCGUCAUCUACGAAGACAGUAUGUUUGUCUUUGGCGGCGUCGACAAGGCCCACUCGCGCUUCAACGACCUCCAGCGCCUCGACCUCGUGACCAACACGUGGAGCGAAGUGUACACAAGCGGGUAUGUGCCCAGCAGCCGCACGUUCCAUCGAGCGGUCGUCGUGACCAACCGCAUGUACCUUCUCGGCGGCUACGACGGCACAGAUCGCCUCCACGACCUCUACUCGAUCCACGUCGGGCCGCUCUCGCCGCCAUCGCUCCUCAACCUCUGUGCAGCGUACACACGCCACAACGUCGACCGGAUUUUAGAGCACCACUCGUUCCGCGGUGUGCCCUACGACGUCCUGGGCCAAGUCAUCUUUCGCCGAGACGGCGACAACGACCUUCGCGGCAAGUGCACCGUCUGUCGUGAUGGCCGUUGCAGUCUCUACAAGCUCUCCCGGAUGCCAGCACCAGAGAGUGCGCCACCCGCACGGCAUCUACGGUCGCGCGAUCGCCCCAACAAGCACGUCGAAAACACCAUGCCGUGCGUCUGUGGACAUGGCAACGGCCUGCACGAGCUCAUUGACGAACGCAAGCUCUUUGGCGACCGCGUGCCCAUGAACGACACAAACGGCAAGAGCAAAGUGCUCCUCUUGUACAACUUGUACAAGCGAAUCUUUGACGGUCCGAUCCCGCCGUCCGCCGAGCACCCGCCAAACCAAGCGUCAAGCGCGUAGCGACCGCGCCUCAGUGACUGCAUAAAUAAAACGCGUAAAACAACCCGAUUCGGCACCA